CCUGUGGCCGGGGUAAGUUGUUCCGGGUGGAUCUUUGACAGCCGACAACUUUUGCGACUCUUGUUAAAAACGUCAAAUUACUAUUGUUAAAGUUAAAUUUAAAGUACAAAUUGGUGUUAGGCGUAUUUUUUUUGUUUAAGAGCGAUAUAUAAGCGCUCGACGGGGUCUUAAAUGAUUUGGGUAAUUUGUCUCUUACUUCACAACGUGAUAUUGAAUUCGAUAAGGAGCUGUGUUUAUAAGGAGGUUAAUAAGGAUUAUUAAAGCCUCAUCAUGAGUUAUAUGGGGGACGACAGUGAUAUUGAAGUGGAGGGGUUAAUGGACCGGCCGCCCAGCAGUUAUGGGUCCAUGAUCAGCGACGAGCAAGAAGAUUCUGAUGACUGUGAUGAUUCUCAAAGACCAGCGUUCAUAGUCAACCAGGGACCUUCGGGGGUAACACUACAUCGCCCCGAAUCACCGGAGACAGCGAUUACUGAGCGUACAAACACACAUCAGUCCAGCAUUCACAGAGAGGGAGCGUAUUUGAGCCAUGUGAACAGCAGACAUGAAACAUAUCCAACCCAGCACAGGUACGACGUUGACCGAGAGCCCACGACAACGCAGCAGCCCGAGGUGCAGAGCGACAUUCGAACCGAGAGAAACCAAGAAGACGUGCAGAGCGUGAGACAGACGGAGUUCAGUGAGACACACGUGGAGGAGGAGCCGAUCGAAGAUGGUGCAUUGGAGGUGCAGGAGGAGACGACUGAGACAGAGACGACGGAUGAUUACGAUGAAAUUGUUUUAGAUUUGGGCUACACAGGGCAGAUGGACCCUUUGCCCCCUCCACCUGAGGGCACCGGUCUUAUGUUUAAACAUAAGCAUCCCUCGCUUACUCUUAGACAUGUUUUAAUGGCCAUUGUGAUGAGUCUCAGACCGUUGAGGCCAGCAGAACUGGCUUAUUUUAAGCGUAAUCUGUGCAGCCAUUACAGAUUCGAGUAUGACUACUCAACCAUCGCUGAUAUAACCGAUGCGCUGGAUCUGGCCGAUAAAAUGAUCGAGCUCUGUGGGCUGGGAGAGGCUCUGUAUCUCGCCAUACGAUCACUUCAAGGCAUUAAAAAAGAGGAUCUUGCUGAAAGGCUGAGGAAGACCUGUAGAAGAGCCUUGUUGCAGCACGAGUUGAAAAUGACUCACGACAGGCGAUAUUACGCUCUGUACGAAGGCUGUUGCCGGCCGGGUCAGCAGCGGUUCAUCGGCGACGUCUACGUCGAACCGCUGACCGUUAUCAGAGGAAGCGGGGACCCAGUAAACACUGAACAUGAGGUCCGCAGGGUACGUGUCACAGCCCAGGAGACGGUAAUCAGAACCGGCGACAUCUUUCGGCCCCUUCCCAAUGACCCCACGGACAUUCGUACGGUCAUGAUGACCGGUGUUCCUGCUUCUGGACUGACAGUGGUUGUGAAUAAGUUUAUCAUCGAUUGGAAGGAGGGAACAAGCAAUCAGGAUUUUCAGUUCGUGUUCCCACUGGCAGGAAAGGAGUUACAUCUUGGAAAAGACGGAGAUCAGAGCUUCCUUCAGAUGCUGCAGACAUUUUUCGUUGAGGCAGACAACGUCCGACUCCUAGAGAAAGAAGACUGUUUGACUCUCUUUAUCAUUGACGCUCUAGAUCUUUGUCAGUAUCCACUUGACUUCCAAUCCAACGUCACCGUUACGAGCGUGACGACCAAAGCACCCGUGGACGCUCUGCUGACUAGCCUGAUUAAAGGGACGAUGCUUCCUCACGCUCGAGUUUGGAUCACCAGCCACAGGACGGCCUCACACAAAAUCCCCGCACAGUUUAUCAGCAGGUUUGUGGAGUUGAGAGGUUUCACAGAUGAGCAGAAGGAAAUGUACUUCACCAAGAGAACCAAAGAACCGCAGCUUGGUAUAAACAUUUUAAACCACAUGAAGCGUUCCAGGACCCUCCAUAUCAUGUGUCACCUCCCUAUCUUCAGUUGGAUGGUGGCGUACCUCUUCGAACGAUCUUUCCGCAAACCUGAUUUUGGCACGCAUGCGCCUGGCAUCACGACGUUCUAUUCACAGUUUGUCAUCGUCCAGAUGAACAGGUCGAACGAGAGGUAUCGUGGAGCGAGCCUGGAAAUGCAAAGGUGGAAGGAUGAAGACAAGAUAUUUGUGGAGAAGAUGGCGAAGUUGGCCUUUCGGAUGCUUAUGGAUAAUCGGGAAGAGUUUACCGUGGAAGAUUUGUUAUCCAUGGAGCUGAAUUAUGAGGAUUUGCGGGUUCGGGAUGAAAUGUUUACUGAGGUCAGGCGAACAAGUGCAGACCAGAAGACGUGGGUCUUCAAGUUCGUGCAUUUCACCGUCCAGGAGUACAUGGCAGCGAUGUACGCGUAUGUGACAUUCAGGAAAAGCGGGAAAAAUGUGUUGGAGUCAAACAAAAGCCUGUUAACGAAGAUGCAAUUAAACAAGGAUCGCCCGAUGAUUGAACUGUACCGUCUGGUGAUCGAUCGUGCGCUGGCCAGUCAAAAUGGUCAACUGGACUUGUUUCUGCGCUUCCUGGUCGGAUUGGUGACACCCGGAACCGAGGAACACCUGCGUGGAUACCUGCUCCAGCACAGCCAUCCAAAACCCAAAGGAGCGGAGGAGGUUGGUAAAUACAUUAAUAAAAAGAUCAAAGAAAACAUCAAUCCUGAGAGGUGCAGGAACCUGGAAUUGUGUCUGGUGGAACUGGAGGAAGGCAAAAAAGAUAAAUGAGAGGACAACCGGAGAAAAAUGUUAUAGAUGCACGUGACUUUUGCUUAUUCUGAAGCCAUAUAACAGCUUUGUGUAAAAAAACACAGAACAAAAUCGAAAAAAGACGUUAUGCACUGAUAAACUGUCCUGCAAAUCUCAAAUGUGUUUGCAAAUGCAAUUUGAUGUCACUCACUGGGAAACACUAUUGUUUCUAUAAUGUCUUACAUAAAUAGGGUUGCAAACAUCUGGGAAUUUUGGAAACUUUCCAUGGAAAUUACACAGGAAUUGUGCCACACAGAUGAAGAUGUUUGUAUGUGAUACCCAAAAUGUACAAAUAACUUCCUUUAAUUUCUUAAGUUUACAACUUCCAAAAAUAUUUCCAAAAUUCCUAAGCUUUGCAACCAUAGUAAAUAAACACUCCGCAUCAAUGAGAUCAUGAGAUUGAGAUUUGAGAGCUGCAGCAGCACUUCUUUUCUCUUUUUUAGGAGCUUGAUAGCCUCUAGUGAUAGUUUAAUUUCUCUUUUGUUUCAUGGACUAUGGGGGGUCAGUUGAUAAUCAAUACAUUUUUAUUUUGUGGUUGAACUGUUUCUUUAAAUUAUUUUGGUCAGCAAAGGACUUCAAUUUGCAUGUUUGACUUAAUCGAAAGAUGCAUUUGCUUUGGUCAUUUUGCUUUAGUCAUUAAUCGAAUUAAACACUGAACUACAAAACGCUUUUCAGUAAUGUGAUGUGUAAGGGCUCCAUUAAAACUAGACAGGAUCUUUUCAUUAAUAGACAUUGACAUUGGACACUGGUGAUUGCGAAAAACAAACACAAAACCUUAGUAAUAAAUACUAAUUGUAUGUGUGUCACAUAUUAAAUAGGCUUUAUGAUGCAUACUUGUAGCAGUAGUGUACUAAUGGGGAGGUCAUAGCAGGUAUGUGUUUGCAUCUGUUACUGCCAUAUGAGUGUGAUGUGUUCAUUUGAAAAGCAUGGCCUACUGUGAAUGCAUGAUUUUUUUUAGUUUGUAAAGCCAAAUAUAGAGGGUAUGCAUUGACGUCACUUUUCCAUGUGACCACGCCAGAGCUCGCCCUGUUGAGUGGCAAAACAUUGAGCCGCAAAAAUGUCAGUAUAACUAACAAUUAUCAGCAAAAAUUAAAUUUAGUUGCACUUGAUAGUGACCCUAGCAACUUGUCAACCCACUUGUGGUCAGUGGACGUUGGCAUGAACGAUCCAUUUACUUCUCCUUUUGGUGUUUCUUGGCAGUCUAUAAAACAAUAUCCCAGAAUUUUUGUUAAAUCUGUUAGUACAGUCUUUUGCACAACAGCUUUUUCCAAUUUAGACGUGUUUUCCCUGUGUUUUCGCUGAUUUCACACUCCAUAAAAAUUCUGCCGGUCUGUCUUAUUUCACUAAGUGGGCGUAACCAGUCAUUUUCGCCAAAAAGUGACGUCACGUGCAUACCCUCCAUUGAUAAGAGGGGUUUUAUGUGUCAUUGUUUUGAAUGGGUGCUUUAGAAAUAAAUUCUGUUUUAUAUGUAAUAUUUAUAUGUACUUUAUGUUCUUUAUUAAAAUGAGAAAUAUAUAUGUAA